CAAACAAAAUGAGACGCGUGCCCGACCGCCCACUGACCGACCAGGCGCUUAUUGCCAGCUGAUUCCGUGCAACAGCGGACGCGGCAUAAUUCCAAAUUAAAAAAAAAAAAACUAAAAAAAAACGAACUCUAUAGUGUACCACGUUUGUGUUUCCGAACUGUUAAUAAUAAAAAAAACAAUUUGAAUUUAGAACGAUUACUUUUUAUGACGAAUAAAAUGGCUAUCCUCAAAACGUUCCUCGUCUUCUGCUUGACUGUCAUCUGUCAUAACGGAGAGGCUGCGGAGAAUGAUAAUAAACCUACAAUACCGGAAUACCUGUUACCAUGCAGCCGAAGCGAUCCUGAACUGAACUCAUGCAUCAAGCGCUCCUUCAACCACCUGCGCCCGUACCUCGCGAGGGGUCUGACAGACCUGGACGUUCCCCCCGUGGAGCCCUUGUUCAUAGACCGCCUGACGAUGGAGAACGAUGCGGGGCCCGUGCGAGUCAGAGCCACCUUCAGCAACAUCACUGUGAUUGGACCCAGUAAUUAUACAGUCACAAAGAUCAGAUCAGAUCUGAGGAAACUUCGCAUCGACAUGGGCCUGGUGUUGCCGCGGAUAGAGGUGACGGGCCGGUACGAAGUCUCCGGGCAGGUGCUUCUGUUCCCAGUGCGAUCACAAGGCGACUUCUGGGCGUCAUUCAACGACGUAGUUGCAAUAAUAAAGAUUUUCGGCAAAGAAAUCGAAAGGCAGGACGUGAAGUACAUGACGGCUGACCGUAUGCAGGUGGACUUUAAGCUAAAAAGUUCUCGCUUCAAGGUCAGGGACACCGUCAAUCACGGCAGCGUUAUUGGAGAGGCGAUGAAUCAGUUCUUAAACAACAAUGCAGCUGAAAUCAUUGACGAGAUGAGACCGGCUGCUUCAGCGGCCAUCGCGAAGCACUUCCGGGUCUUCCUCAAUGCUGCUUUCGAGAGAAUACCAAUCGACGUCUGGCUCACGCCCUAGUGAUGUGAACUGAUCAAGUGUGACUGAUUGACUUUAAACUUCAUGAUAAGGUACAAGAUUAUUAUCAAAACGAAAGUUAUUUGUUGAGUAGUGAUGUAGCAUUUGAAAUGUUUGUACUCUCGCAGUUACUAGACAUUAUUUUUAUUACACUUUUAAUAUGUAUGACAUUGUAGUGUAAAAUACCUUUAAAUGUUACACUAUGUAAGUACAUAAAAUAAUUUCAAUAAACCACCGUUUAAAAGUCAUAAGUAACAUGAAAUCUGUAUAAGCACUAUGGAGAUACAAUGAAAAUUAUAAUCAUUAUAGUAAAAAAAUAAAAAACAACAAAGCAAUGAAUCUUGUACUUGACAUUAACGUUAAGCUUUAUUAUUUAUUUAGUAUAAAAUAAGCUAUUUUAUAAGUACAACUUAUUCAAUCAUAAGUGUUUAUUAAGUUGUGAUAAUUCUAGAAUUACUAAGCAAACGCUAUGACGUUAUUAACGAAAUAAAUAAUUUCACGAUA